AGCGGGUGGGAGGUGCUUUAACUUUGAUCCCGCGGCGGCGGACAGGGAGGGUUUGUGGAAGCCGCCGCCCGCCCCUCUCGAGCUGGGAGCCUGUGCGCCGCGCGUCUCCGCUCUGCCUCUUUAAUCAGGAACACAGAAGGGGCGGGCCCUGAGCCGGCGCGUAAUCGGAUAGCCGCGGUGGCUCUGACAUCCACAUGCUGCUCGGCCUGAAAAGGCAGGAGGGAGCCUGAGGGGGAGCAGAGACGCCGAGCGAGGCAGCAGCCCGCAGCCUGCCCCCGGCACCUCCCCAGACGCGCGGACCAGGGGCGAGGUGGAGGUGAGCGCGGGCGGACGGCGCAGCCUAGCCGACGAGGGGCGCGCUCACCCCCGGGAGGUCCCAGGGCCGCCUCCGCACCGCCCGCAGCACCAACAGCAACACCGGCAACCGCCGCGGCGGCGGCUUCCUUCCCCAGACCCCACUCCAGCGGCCGGCCAAGCGGGUGUAGCCGCUGGGGGAGGCUCCCGCCAGGGGAGCCGGACGAAGGCAGGAGCGGGCCGGCCGCCUCCCACUCGGGCCGUCCGGCUGCCACUGCUUCCAUCCGCCUGUCGUCCCGGUGCCCGGGGGAUGCGUAUCAGUCUACGCCUCUGAGCCCAUUCCGCUGCCCGGAGCUGGGUGAUGUCCAAGGCUAGCUUUGGCUUUCCUUGUUAUCAUUUCUGUCUGCUCGGCUUUCCGGAAACAUUCGUGAUGUUGUAGGAUGAAGGAAACGAGACUUUGAGGAACUAGAGAGGACAGAAAUGUUUUUUGUUUUUUAAGAGAGGAAACCCGUCCCCUCUUCCCGGCUUGUUCCCUCUUGGCUGACUCUGAGAGCUGCUCUCCUGGUGAGGUGGGGGAUCCGGCAAGAAUACAGGUGAAGACAGGCCGCCGGGACCCAGAAGGAAAACAUUCUGACCUUUUGUAGAAGCCACUGUAUAAAGAAGAACAGAAGAGAUAGAGCUAUAGGGAGAGAGAGAGUGAGAAAGAAGAAGGAGGGGGGAAAAGGCAUAAUUCUACAAAAAAAAAAAAAAAAAACCCACAAGCCCAGCUCUGGAGAAAGACUCUUCCAAAAUGGACAUGUUUGCUCUCACCUGGGUAUUCUUAGCUCUCUGCUUUUCAGGACAUGGAGUGAGAGGCCAACCAGACCCAGUCUGUGGAGGUCGCUUGAAUUCCAAAGAUGCUGGCUACAUCACCUCCCCAGGUUACCCCCAGGAUUAUCCAUCCCAUCAGAACUGCGAAUGGAUUGUUUAUGCUCCUGAGCCCAACCAGAAGAUUGUCCUGAACUUCAACCCACACUUUGAAAUCGAGAAGCAUGACUGCAAGUAUGACUUCAUUGAAAUUCGAGAUGGGGACAGCGAAGCCGCAGACCUCCUAGGAAAGCAUUGUGGGAACAUCGCCCCCCCCACCAUCAUCUCCUCAGGCUCUGUGCUGUACAUCAAAUUCACCUCUGACUAUGCCCGGCAGGGGGCAGGCUUCUCCCUGCGCUAUGAGAUCUUCAAGACAGGCUCCGAAGAUUGCUCGAAAAACUUCACGAGCCCCAACGGGACCAUUGAAUCCCCUGGAUUUCCUGAGAAGUACCCCCACAACUUGGACUGUACCUUUACUAUCCUGGCCAAGCCCAAGAUGGAGAUCAUUCUGCAGUUUCUGACCUUUGACCUUGAGCACGACCCUUUGCAGGUGGGAGAGGGAGACUGCAAAUACGACUGGCUGGACAUCUGGGAUGGCAUUCCACACGUUGGCCCCCUGAUUGGCAAGUACUGUGGAACCAAAACCCCCUCAGAGCUCCGUUCCUCGACUGGGAUCCUCUCUCUGACCUUUCACACAGACAUGGCAGUGGCCAAGGAUGGCUUCUCUGCACGUUACUACCUGGUCCACGAGGAGCCGCUGGAGAACUUUCAGUGCAAUCUCCCUCUGGGAAUGGAGUCUGGCCGGAUUGCCAAUGAACAGAUCAGUGCCUCAUCAACCUACUCUGACGGGAGGUGGACCCCUCAGCAGAGCCGGCUUCAUGGUGAUGACAAUGGCUGGACACCCAACUUGGAUUCCAGCAAGGAGUAUUUGCAGGUGGACUUACGCUUUCUAACCCUGCUCACAGCCAUUGCAACCCAGGGAGCCAUUUCCAGGGAAACCCAGAAUGGCUACUAUGUCAAAUCUUACAAGUUAGAAGUCAGCACUAAUGGUGAAGACUGGAUGGUGUACCGGCAUGGCAAAAACCACAAGAUAUUCCAAGGCAACAGUGAUGCCACCGAAGUUGUUCAGAACAAGUUGCACAUGCCUCUGCUGACGAGGUUUGUCAGGGUCCGCCCUCAGACCUGGCACUCGGGCAUUGCCCUCCGCCUGGAGCUCUCUGGCUGCCGGGUCACAGAUGCACCCUGUUCCAACAUGUUGGGCAUGCUCUCUGGCCUCAUCCCUGACUCUCAGAUCUCUGCCUCCUCUACCCGCGAGUACCUCUGGAGCCCCAGUGCUGCCCGCCUGGUCAGCAGCCGCUCUGGCUGGUUCCCCCGGACCCCACAGGCCCAGCCAGGUGAGGAGUGGCUUCAGGUGGACCUGGGAGCACCCAAGUCCGUGAAGGGCGUCAUCAUCCAGGGGGCCCGCGGAGGAGACAGCAUCACUGCAGUGGAAGCCAGGGCGUUUGUUCGCAAGUUCAAAGUCUCCUACAGCCUAAACGGCAAGGACUGGGAAUAUAUCCAGGACCCCAGGACCCAACAGGCAAAGCUGUUUGAAGGGAACAUGCACUACGACACUCCAGACAUCCGAAGGUUCGAACCCAUCCCAGCGCAGUAUGUUCGUGUGUACCCCGAGCGGUGGUCACCCGCGGGAAUUGGGAUGCGACUGGAGGUGCUGGGCUGUGACUGGACAGACUCAAAGCCAACAGUGGAGACACUGGGACCCACUGUGAAAAGUGAAGAGACCACCACCCCUUACCCCAUUGAUGAAGAGGCCACGGAAUGUGGAGACAACUGCAGCUUUGAAGAUGACAAAGAUUUGCAGCUCCCUUCAGGAUUCAACUGCAACUUUGAUUUCCCCGAGGAGGCCUGCGGUUGGAUGUAUGAUCAUGCCAAGUGGCUCAGGAGCACCUGGAUCAGCCCCUCCAGCCCCAACGACCGGACGUUUCCAGAUGACAGGAAUUUCUUGCGACUGCAGAGCGAUGGCCAGAGAGAGGGCCAGUAUGCGCGGCUCAUCAGCCCACCUGUGCACCUGCCCCGCAAUGCCGUGUGCAUGGAGUUCCAGUACCAAGCCACCGGCGGCCGCGGGGUGGCGCUGCAGGUGGUGCGCGAGGCCAGCCAGGAGAGCAAGCUCCUCUGGAUGAUCCGCGAGGACCAGGGCAGCGAAUGGAAGCACGGGCGGAUCAUCUUGCCCAGCUAUGACAUGGAGUACCAGAUUGUGUUUGAAGGAGUGAUAGGAAAAGGACGUUCAGGAGAAAUUGCCAUCGAUGACAUUCGGAUCAGUACCGAUGUCCCACUAGAGAACUGUAUGGAACCCAUCUCAGCUUUUGCAGGGGGCACCCUCCUACCAGGGACCGAGCCCACAGUGGACACGGUGCCAGUGCAGCCCAUCCCAGCCUACUGGUAUUACGUAAUGGCCGCCGGCGGUGCCGUGCUGGUGCUGGUCUCCGUCGCCCUGGCUCUGGUGCUCCACUACCACCGGUUCCGCUAUGCGGCCAAGAAGACUGACCACUCCAUCACCUACAAAACCUCCCACUACACCAACGGGGCCCCUCUGGCAGUGGAGCCCACCCUAACCAUUAAACUAGAGCAAGACCGCAGCUCGCACUGCUGAGGGCCGAAGCAAGGACAGCGCCCAAACAAGAAAGACUGCAAACACGUUGCCUCGAUUUUGCACUUUUUCUCCUCGUCUAGUCUCUGUGUGAACUCUCAGACACUUCUCUCUCUCUCUUGGGGUCCAGACCUUGUGCACUCUUAACCUAUCCUGACCAUUCUCCUUGAGUUGAUUUUUUUUUGUUGUUGUUGUUGUUGUUGUUACUGUUGUUCCUUUUGUUGACUCCAAACCAACCAACCCCAACUCUAAUGCUGCAUCUUGGAAUAUGAGAAGAGACACCUCCCUAAGCACUUCACAGCUCAAGGCUCAGCUGGUUUUCUUCCUGAGACUGGUUCCCUGUUUCUUCCCCUUGCCUUAUCCAUACCGCCUCUCAGUGGAGUCUGCCAGGCAACUUGAGGGGAAACCUGGCUGUGCAUUUGUACAUAGUAUACAUUUGCUUGUGUGAAUAGCUUUCUGUGUGUGUGUGUGUGUGUGUGUGUGUGUGUGUGUGUGUGUGUGUGUGUGAGAGAGAGAGAGAGAGAGAGAGAGACUGGUUCAUUGUUGAGGGGGUGUGUGUGGGUGGGUGGGUGUGGGUUUGUUCAGAGAGGACCCCCUUUAACUCUUGUGUUACUUCUCCGGGGGGUACAUUUUAUAAGGAAAUAAUAUACUGUACUAGUUUUGUUUACUUGGAGAAGAGAUUGAAGCUUUUUGUUGCCUUAUCUAGCUCUGGCUGGGUUUCUGUUGGCUAACAUUGUCAUCUCCAGGAACCUUAACUCUGAGCCCGCCUGACAUGAAAUUUGGCCCUUUGCAUCGCUAGCCCCAUUCCCAAUGCCCACCCCACCCCCACCCCAAGAGGAAGGUUCCCCUAAAGCACUCGGACGUGACCCCCUUGUUAUGUCUCCAGGUUGUCUUUGAAAGCAAAAGAUAACAGACUUUGGGUGCUUGUGGAACCAUCUCUACUUCCAGCCCUGAAGCAAAUCUGUCUCAUGUUGCCUUAUAAAAGAGAAGCUCAUAAUGAAUGUUUAGCUUUUAUCAGUUAAGUCCAACCUUGGAAUAAGUCAUAGAAAAUAACGGAUCUGAGACUGACGUAGGAAUGGAAGCCUUGGCAAGAAACCUAUUUAAGUCAAGAGGAGGAGGUGGGGACCCAAGGGGGGGGGGGAGGUGGGAGGGAAGGAAGGACUGAAAUGGUUGUCAUUUGAAUGUCUCCUCACUUGGGGGGAUGCAUUGUGUGUGUGGGGAAAGCUUUUAAACCCAUGUUCUUUUAGUAUUGUAUUGGUCAUUGUGAUCGAAUUUGUAGCACAUGGGGAAAAGGGAUGGGUCAUUGCUCUCCUUUUACGGUGUUGAUGUGUGCCUGGACCUAUAGCCACUAAAACAGAAGGCUGUCCAUCUGACUUCUUUAACUACUAUGGGAGAAAAAAAAAUGUUACUUUUUUUUUUUUUUUUAAUGUACCAGUGUGCUAUCUCUUAAAGUACUUUUAGCAUCUGGUAAACACACCCUCAUAGUCUGGCCCGGCGUUUCCAAAUGCUGCAGCCUCAUCAGAAGGUAUAACGAAGCAAACUCCAUGGUUGUCCACUUGUCCUCUAAGCCAGGCAGGGAGUGGAAUGUUAGAGAUAAAUUGCCUCGUCAUACUGCUCAAAGGAUAGAGAGUCAAUAAUGAAGUCAAUUUCAUUGGUAGGAAAUGGCAUAUUUUUCAGGAGAUUCUUUAUAUACUUGGGGCUCUGCCUCAGUGGGUGUUUAUUUCUCACCUUCCUGCCAGGAAUCCAUGGGGGAAGUCUUAUGAUUCUUUCCAAAGGUGGAUGUCUGGGCUGAAAAUGUCCAGGUACCUUCUGAGAACAAAAUACUGGUGAUAUUAUUUCUCGGCUGCUGGGGAGAAAGAGAGACUAGAGAGAGGGAGAAACUUUUCACAUUCUUUGGGAAUAUUCACUUAGGUCCCUCCAACACAUACUUGCUUUUGCAUCUGGUUUGUUUCAUCCUGCUGAAGGAACGGUGCUCUGUCACUCUUAUUCCAUUUCAAAGAGCAACUCUGUCUCAACCACAGCAGCCCUGCCUGCCAAGAAAAAGAAAAGAUGAAAGACUGAAGCAUGAGCCACCUUGAGAUUUCAAGAAGUGUCCUACCCCAGCUCAAGGCAGAGAGAGAUGCUCCGAGUGGAGGGGUGGGGGAGGGAGGAGCAGGCAGGAGACCACGUGAUGGCUUCCACACCAGUCACUACAGGCUUUUUUUUUUUUUUUUUUUUUAAUCUGAGAUGUCCACAUUCAGUCUUGUGUUUGGGGCCAGGCAUGCCCUCAAAAUGAUUGACAUUCCUGCAAGUGCCCCCUAAAGGCUGAGGCGUGGUGGUAGGAAAUUACAUCUGGAAAAUCCAGCCAGAGUAGCAACAGUGAGUUACUAUAAACCCUGGAGGAUUUCCCUUCUUUAAAAGAAGAUAACAACAACUUAGUGAAUUUUCUGUAUCUUUAUCUGAUGCCCCACGUGGCAUCAUCUUUGUGUACACGCCAUGGCUGAGAAUAUGUGACUACUCGAAUCAUAUGAAUCCGACAAUGUGCUUCAGCUGAGGUUGUCACACUCUCUUCUCCCUCUCCCUCUCUCUCUUCCUUUCUUGCCCUCCCUUCGUCUUCUCUGCUCCUUCAGUCCCAGAAGCUUUUCAUAGUUUAUUAACCAGGUACUGCACUAAAAGAGCAGCUCUUCUAUAAAAUGUCAUGCCUUGCAGCUUUCUGCAUUUCGUAGAGGGAGGGAAGAAUCACUCUCUUACUGGACAGGUGAAUGAUUCAUGCAUGCAUGUGUUUAGAAUUGCUUCUCAGAUGACAAAGAGGUGAUCACAACUAUUAAAAUAUACAUGAAUGGAUGAGUGACUUAAAGGUCUAAUGUGGGCUGGUGGCACUUUUUUGCCUUAGAGGUUUCAAGUCAACAGCUCCAGGAGGGAAACCCUUAUCUCUAGGGUGAAGGAAAAAAAAUCCCGUCUUUGAUAUUAUGCUACUGUCCCCUAGUUGCUGGUAAAGACAAGAAGAAGAAGAAAAAAAAAAAAAAACAGAGGGGAGGGGUUUAUAUUAAUAAAACAAAACAUUGAAAAUCAAGUGAAAUGUUUGUUUUACCCUCUUCCCACAUUUUUGGGAUGAAAGCCAGUAAUAUUUCUGCGAUGGAUUGACACCAUCUUUAAAAAGACCCUCUCCUCACUGAAACUAGCAGGCAAGCAAACACCUAGAUAAUUCAGAAUUACCAAAGAACAACAACAGAACAAGAAAACUUAAACAUUUUUACUUCCUAUUCUUAUCUCCUCCCCCUACAACUGUGACAUCUCUUGCUUCGCUCAGUUGCCUGUGUGUCAAAAAUAACUUGUGGACAUUGGAAACUAUUUGAAAAUGUAUUGUGUGGAAUGUAAUAAAAGGAUGAUAUUUUUAUACAAA